AUAACAUUACAAAUUUACGAUAUCACCUCAUAUUUUGUAAUUAUUUGGUUUUCGUUUUUAAAACAGCAUAAAUUUUUUCAGUUUUUAUAUUUUCGCAUGCCGAUUAAAUCAAAACCCUUGAAAAGCCUUAGUGGCAGAAUCCUCCAUUGCAAUGGCGCUGGCACAGUCACUUCCUCUGCUUUCCCCUUCGUUUCCGAUUCAAUUUCCGUCUCUCAUCCCCAAAAGGUGCAAAUUUCUGUAUGAAAUCCCUCCGAGAAACUCCUCAAAUGGUGUCUCUAUGGUGUCCUGCUCUUCUCCGAAAUCUACUCCGUCUACGGAGCAGGAAGUCCUGAAAUUUGUGGCGGAAUCUGAUGAAAAGACGCGUCCUUGUGUUAGAACCUACGAGAACGACCUGGCUCGGUUAAGCCUGGUCGGGGCUGUUGGCUUGGAGCAGGCUUUGACGGCAGCUGCAGCUGAUGGUGGCAGAGCCGCCGGCGAGCACGUAGAUUCCGGCGUUCCUGUGAUGGUAGUUGCGACUGUUUUACCAGGUGUAGUUGACAAGCAUGCAACCGCUUCAACGCGAUUGUUUUUGCCUGCUAGGAAAGUUAAAGAAAAGGCUAAUAAACUCAGAAUGUCUAUAUCUGAUGACAUUCUGUCUGGGUCAUCAUCAAGAAACAUACUUGCCAUGACGUUUAGGCAAGUAGUUUUGCAAAAGCUUUGGAAUUUUGAAUUGGUUUUAUUAAUACCUGGGGUUGAAAGAAAUAUGGAUGAUCUACAAAAUCCAAGAGAGCAGGUUCCUGCAUCCUUUGUGCUUCGCUCAUCAGAUGAAAGGGUUAUCUCUGUACUUGCAGAAGUUGCUUGCAUGUGUGCUCUGCAAAACACUGAAAGACAAUUCCUUGAUGAUUUGUGGGGAAGAACUUCAAGUAACUUCUUCCAGUGGUUUCGGAAGCACAAAAGGAUUGUAUCAAAGGAUUCUUCAGUUGUACUGUAUAAAUUAUUUGAGGAUGAGAUUGUCAAAAAUGCAAAGAGCCUUCUUGAAAGCUUUAAUUCAACAAAGGAGAAUUUUAAUCCUAGUAAAGGGAGGCAAAAAGAGUAUGGGUGGACACCAUCAGUGCAAUCUAAGUUGGAAAAGAUUGGUGGUUCUAAGUUUAGUGCUUGGACAAGUGAGUAUAUACCUGCCUAUCAGAUACAAAUUGAUGCUAGUAGAUUUGAAGAUAUGAAGUUGGAAGGGUGGAGGAAAUCUUCUGAGGAUUGGUGGGAAGUUCUUUUGACCCACUCCCAAAUGGUUGGAUUGGCUGACAUAUUAGAUAUGUACUAUGAAGAUAUUUACUCUUUGCCUUAUAAACAACUGCAAUGUGGCGUGCUUGCAACUCAAACCACCAUGUCCAAUACAAAGGGGAGUUCUUUCUUGAAAUUCUUGUCUGCUAUACUUGUGAGUGGAAUUUUUCUAAUUACCUUCAGUGUGAUUGGUCAAUUUUGUUUUUCUCAUCCUCAAAAAGGAGUAAAGUAUCCAGGGGGACAUAGAUCUCUGCCAUCCUCAGAAAUUGUUUCUAUGAUUAAUCAACGUUCAGACAGUGAGAAGUUGGAAACAUUUUGUAUCUCAGUAGUCCAGAAGAUUAAGGAUUCUUUUGGCUGGCGUGGGGAUAUAAUCACAGAAGCAAGCAUUGGUGCCUGGAUUGGGGAAAUACCAGCUUACUUGAAAAAAUUUUGCCAUGCUAACUCUAGUGGUGAGGAGUCUAUUUCUGCUGAUCUGGAGAAAAUUGAUCCAGACAUAAAGUCAACUCUCCAGGAGGUGGCAACUUAUCAGGUUGUUAUGUCAACUGAAGGGAAAAUAGUUGGGUUCCAACCAACAAACCGGGUGGGUGUCAAUCAUUGGGCCUCCAACCCCUUAGCAAAAGAGCUUUAUGGGGGGAGAAAGCUUUCCCCUGGGUUUUUUGAACCUGGACUCAAGAUCCGCCGUCCAAAUGAGGUUGCUGUGAUGGAGUUGUUGAUGUCAGUGAAUUCUGAUUCUUGCUUUGCAUUAGCUAGGCCAAUCAGAUGACCAUCACCUUGCUGGUUAUGAGCAAACAGUAGCAGGUAUUGUAAUAGAGUAACUGGAGUUAGUUCAUUCUGUCCUCUUGCUUUGGUAGAUUAAUGUGACGAUUCUUGCUGGUGGAUGCAUGACAAGUCAACUGCAGAAGGUUUCUAUAAUUCUACAACACGUAACCUUGAAACUACAAAGAUUAUCAAGUCAGAUGGUUACGGACUUUGAACUAGAAGCACCUUAUUUUCAACUCAGAAGAGGAGGAAUCCCGAAUCCUAGUAUAGAUGGUUAUGGCAAGGUAACAUUUCUUUGCUAUCAUGGAUAUCGUUGAUUGAAAUUUCUUAAAAAAAAUGCUGCAGUGGCAUUUAAUUUUUACUAGCGAUAUGAAACUUAAUAUUUUUGUACGAUUCCAUUUGUGUCUUUUUGAUCUCUACUCCUUGUCUCCUCUGAUGUCCUCUAGACACACAAGUCUAUAUAUAAAUAAAUAUACAAAAACUUA